CUCCAAAUACACGAUUCACGAAGCUUUGUUGUAUUUUACUCAUAAGUAACUUUGAUUGAGUGGGUUACUGAUUGUUACAAGUGGUCUGGUUUUGUUAACAAAAGUAACAAACAAAAUAGGAGAACUUUCCGAGGUCUACGGUACCUUUGUAAUUGGUCACGUGUAGAGCACGCAAGGCAAGAAAAAAAAAACAGCGAUGAAAAUCAUGAAGCGACCAAAUAUUCUACUGACAGGCACCCCUGGCGUAGGGAAGACCACCCUGGGGAAAGAGCUUGCCCAGAGGACAGGACUAACCUAUGUCAAUGUAGGCGACCUGGCACAAGAAGGGCAGCUGUUUGAUGGAUUUGAUGAAGAGUACCAGUGCCCAGUGUUAGAUGAGGACCGGGUGGUGGAUGAGCUGGAGGAUAAGAUGGGCGACGGAGGGGUGAUAGUGGACUACCACGGCUGUGACUUCUUCCCAGAGCGUUGGUUCCAGAUUGUUUUCGUGCUCCGCACAGACAACACCAACCUCUACAGUCGCCUGGAGGGCAGGGGCUACACAGGGAAGAAAUUGCAGGACAAUGUCCAGUGUGAGAUCUUCCAGACCAUCUACGAGGAGGCCAUGGAGGCCUACAAGGAGGAGAUUGUCCACCAGUUGCCCAGCAACGAGCCUGAGGACCUGGAGCGCAACCUGGAGCAGGUAGUCCAGUGGAUCGAGCAGUGGGUGAAGGACAACAACUAGCAUGGACACAAACCCUAGAAACCAAAACAGUGGAUAGAGCAGUGGGUGAAGGACAACAACUAGCAUGGACACAAACCCUAGAAACCAAAACAGUGCAUGGCUGGAAUCUUCUUCAUACUAGAAAAAAAACAUACCAAUCAUACUAGAAAAAAAACAUACCAAUGGACUCUUUAUGUUUGUUGAAAAAAAAUAAAAUAAUAAUCUAUAUGCCUAACUUAUAGCAAUCAAACACAUACUAGGAUAGUACUGAGGCUUUAAGUCCUGGUUUUGGUUCGAGCACAACAUGUAUCACACCUGAUUCUGAAUUGAUCAACCAAUCAUUGAGUUGUUGAAAUGGGUGUGAUAGUCUUGGACUGGAACAAAAAUAUGCCCCAGGUCUGAAAACAAAAUUCAUCUAGCAUAGUUGACAACAUUGAUGACAUAAAAUUGGUAAACAAUACACUCUCUAUUGUAGACAUGUUUACAGUCUAAGACAUGGACAAGUGUGGUUACCUCACUGAGUAGAGGCCCAGUGGAAUGAUAAUAAAUAUCUACGUCUCAAAUGGCAGCCUGUUCGCUAUAUAGUGCACUAAUUUUGAUCAGGGCCUAGGACACUGAUCGACGGUAGUGCACUAUAUGUGGUAGCUGGUGUCAGUUGAGAUGCUCCCGUUGGCUGUGUUUAUUCCCUGCUUGGACUGUAUGGUUAACCACACCUUCAUUUAGGAUGAAAGCUAGGGCAGUAAAGCAUGUUUGGAUACUGACUUGUGUUGCAAGAGCUGUUCAUGGACAAGCUAGAUGUCAUGAAACACCAUGUCAUCACAAGAUUUGGGCAGUAUUCAAGUCCAAAUGCAUGCGUCACUAUAUCUCUACUCUCCUAAGGGAAAUGUUUUGUCAUUUUAGAGUCUUAAGGAUGGGCAAAAUUGAAUGUGUAUUAGUUAGAUGCAUGCUGCAUUUUCUUGUGGCAUAGAUUGAUUUAAAACCGAUUACAAUUUAUUUUGCAUUUAUUGCAUUGCAAUGGUUUAUCUACAAAACAAAAAAACAUGCCUUUUGGUUAAAUGUGUUUUUUGUUUUACAUUUAUUUUUGAAUUGUAUUAUCUUUUAAAUUCAUAAUUUCUUGUGGACAUUAGUAGCCAUAAACAUAGUCAUGUCAUUCAGAUUUCAACAACACAGGCCAUAAUGCAGGAAUUCUGUUUUUGCCAGAAGUUUAUUUUUUUUAAUUUUAGGUUUCAUAUUUCCAUUUUAUUUAAGAAAAGAUGCAUGAAACAUUUCAUUUAGUCCUCAUACCGCUAGUAUUUCCAUGAAAUACUCACAGGUUUUAUCAGUAGACAGUGGUCGUUUUUGUAUGGCUAAAGCUUUAUACUGUACAAGGAAGGAAUGAUGGUGGAACAACAUAAUAAAGAAUACAAAUGCA